AUGUUGCACCCAUCGCUCGAUUAUCGUCAGCCGAUUCUUCCCGCCUGGAUCACCUUGUGGCUCAUCUUCUCGAGUGUGAUCUGCUCGCUCGACGUCGCCUUCACCAUCAAUCGACCCUACACCAAUGAGGCGCCGUAUUUGAUGACGACAAGCUUCUACACACCGUGGAACUUCUAUUCGCAAGUCGACGCUCAUUAUCGAACGACAAAUGAUUCUCUGACGGCCGCCACCGGUCGUGUGAUGCUCAUCGAGAUCAUGCUCAACUUUGUCGCCAUCGCCUUGGGCUUCGCGCGUUCCCGUCACGCCAUUCCGUUGGCAUUCCUCACCACCGUCAUGGUGUUCUGGAAGACCGUCAUUUUUCUCGCGAUGUUCGUCUUCGAGCCGCCCACCGAUGAGCCGGCGAUCAAUUCAAAUAUUGGCGUUUUCGACAAAUUUUUCAUUUUUUGGGUACCAAAUUGCGUUUGGAUAAUAAUGCCAAUUAUCGUCAUAUUCUCUCUGUGGAACAAGCUCGCGGUUCCAUCGCGCCUCAUCGAUCGAUAUCGGCGAGCUGCCGGACAGUGUCGCGGCGAUCUCUCAUUCUUCAACGAUCAAUAA